AUGGACUUUCGAGGAUAUUCUCUGCUUCAGUUUUGUAUGUUAUUGCUGCUGUUAGUGGAAGAAUGUGGAUCAAAACGAGGUGGCGUGUUCAGCGGCGGUCGCGGCUCCUCAUCUAGCCGUUCUGGCGGCUUAUUUGGCGGUACACAGCGAAGUGGUGGUGGACUUUUCGGCUCGUCGAGAAAUGCACCUCGUCCUGGUAGUUAUCCACGCAGUAGUGGCGGACAUUAUGGCGGCGUGCCAGCAAGCGGUGGUAACUGGGGCUCACGUACACGCAGUGGCACUGGCGGAAUAGGGGGCGGCUGGGGCAGCAGCGCGCGUGGCUCGUCCUGGGGACGACCCCGUAGUGGCGGCUUAUUCACCAAGUCAAACAUUGGUUCUUUCGUGGCCGGUGCUGCAGCGGGCUACCUCACUUACAAAGCCGGCAAAGCUCUUAUACGCAGUGCAUAUGCACCGAUGAUGUUCGUUGACUUUUUUAUAAUUUUGCUUAAAACUUUUAAAUUUAUAUGCUUAUCGGAAAAGCCUCAGCUGAAACUGCUGCCGUAA